CAAAUAGAGUAGGGAUAAUAUUCUGACCCCAUCGCGGUCGGUGGUUGAGUGCUUGAGUCGCGCCGCCGCCACCACCAAACCGUUGUUUCAAGUUCCGACCGCCGUUGAGACCGUUUCGCGUUUCUGCGCCUGCGCGUGCACGUCCGUGUGCGUGUUUAGUACACAAUAGUACAAUACACACAGUACGCUCUGCAGUACAGACUACAGAGUGACUGUACCGAGUGCACCGGAGGACCGCAUUCUUUGGCCGACCGCUGGAACGUUAUAUAUAUGAUAUUAUUUUAUUACGUCCGCUGCGCCACCCGUGUCGUCACCGUCCCGUCAUCUGUAGUUGUUAUUGUACUGUCGACGUUUUUAUCGGCCCGUUAUUGUUGUUGUUAUUAUUAUUAAUAUUUUUGUUUUUAUUUAUUACAUUCGUUUGAUUGAUAAACGCACCCGCACGUUCCGAUUGCGACGAUCGCCCAAAAACCGUUAGAUCGCGCAAACGGCCGUUGCGCGCGAGAUGGCUUUUGAAAAGCCGCAACAGGUGUCCGCCGCCGCCGGCCUUUGUGGCGAGACAUGCCGAAGCAACCGACUCGUGUGCCGCAAUUCCGACAGUAGGUAGGACGCGAAAAGGUGUUGUUACUUACGUGCGCGUGGUCGACGAAUUUUUCCAUUUCGUCCGUUUUUCGUCACGAUUGUUGUUUAGUGUAAGUUCGGUUUGUUUCGUCGUCCGAUUGAUACGAUUUUCCCGUGCGCCCGACCCGCGAUGGAAGAAGAAGAAAGAAAUGACCGCCUAUCUUGCACGCAGAGGACUUAUGCGCUUGCCGUCACCGUUGUCUUGCUGCUGUCCACCAUCACUCGUUGUGAAUGCCAGUCCUAUCAGGCCCCUCGGUUCAUAACGCAGCCAACGUCAACUAAAAAUGUGAUUGGCGAAGGACAGACAAAAAUAAUUCAGUGUCAAGCUCUUGGCUUCCCGGCUCCAGUUUACAAAUGGUACAAAGAUGGGAAAGAAUUGGGAGAUUUUUCAUCUGAAUAUCAGUCGUUCCGUCUUUUAAAUCUUAAACAUGACGAUGGAGGAACUUAUCAAUGUAUAGCAAAAAAUGAAGUUGGAUCGAUACUAUCUCAAAAAAUUGAAAUAAACAUUGCAUAUAUGGAAAAUUUUAUGGAAGUUACUGAUCCCAUAGUCAGAGUUGAAAGAGGCCAAGCAGCAAUUUUAGAUUGUCCGCCAAUUAAAAGCUACCCACCACCUAUGGUACAGUGGUUAACUGAUGACGGCACUCAACUGUAUGACAUCAAAUAUGCCUCAGUUGCAGAGACUCAUCAAUUAGUGGUAUUAUCAGCCUCUGACAGCGACCAAAAAGCAUACAGGGUGAGAGCAACAAAUCCUUUGUUAGGAAAAGAUGAAUUUAGUCAGUAUUUAAGAAUCAACACCAUAGGAGGAUCUCAGUCCGGAGAAAUUGCUCCUUAUUUCGUCGUUAAACCUAAAGGAAAACAUAUAAUCAAAGGUCAUAAAACUACCGAGCUCCAGUGUAUAGCCAAUGCAAGGCCCUUACACGAAUUAGGAACCCUGUGGUUCAAAGACGACAUACCGAUAGAAAAUACAAACGGUGUUGAUUACAUAUACAAUGAUCCGUGGAACAGAACUUUAUCACUUAUUAAUGCCAAAUUGACUUAUACCGGCCGGUAUACUUGUCAGAUUCGAUUUGUAUCUGGUGGAUAUGCGCCUAUUUCUGCAGACGCUGAUAUUUUUGUCUUGGAACCUCCAACAUUUGUUGGUAAUUUGAGGAUGGAAACUCUUGGUGAAUACGGGUCUACUGUUAGAAUUAGUUGUGACACCAUUGGGGUGCCACAGCCGAAAAUAACUUGGUAUCGUAACGCAGAGACAAUAAGUCAAAACAAUAGGUAUAUAGUUGAAGAAGAUGGUACUUUAGUAAUAAAGAAAUUGAACAUCGAAGAUUCUGGCAUGUUUCAAUGUGAAGCAGAAAACGAAGCCGGGACAGAUUCUAUUAGUACAUGGUUGAAAGUCAAAAGACGUUCUAAACGAUGGACGAGAGCCUCUGUGUACAGAAUGAUGCCAUGGCAACACCCGAGUGCCCGAAAAAAUUUGCCUCCUACUGGUCCAAUCAUUGAGAAUGAGCCACAAAAUUCUACAGUUCUAGAAGGAAAUGAAGUUAUAUUGUCUUGUAGAGUUAUUGGUGCACCUAAACCAAAUACAACUUGGACCUUUGGUGAUUUAUUUGUAUCAUUGAAUGAGAGAAUUCGUAUACUAGAUACAGGAGAUUUAUUUAUAUCGUCCACAAAAGUCCAAGACACUGGAAAAUAUUCUUGCAUAAGAUCAAAUGAAGCUGGCACUGUGGAAAUGCACGCUUAUAUUAAAGUUCUAGGUAAAACUACCAUUGUCGAACCACCUAUGGAUACUAGAGUUUUACUAGGACAAAAUUCUAUUAUGAAAUGUAAAGUGUCGAGUGAUCCUUCUGUACUUUAUCAAAUUGAUUGGUUUCAUAAUAACAAGAGUCUUGGAGCUGGAAAUUCAAGAAUAAAAGUUUCAGCUGAUGGUACUUUAGAAAUAGGAGUUGUACGUGCUGGUGAUGCUGGUGUCUACACUUGUUCGGUUUCAUCUCCUGGAGGAAAUGAGAGAAGACAUGCACAUUUAAGUAUACUUGAAUUGCCUUAUCCUCCAAAUGUUGCUCAGGCUGAACGUGUUGGACCCAGAUCUGUAAAUGUUUCUUGGACUGUGGGUUUUGAUGGCAAUAGUCCUAUAUUAAAAUAUAUUGUACAAAAACGACAAAUUGAAACUCAAUCAUUAUUGGAUCCACUUGUUGAUUGGGUUACUGAGCUUACCAAUAUAUCUGCGAAUUCUCGUUAUGUGGUCCUGGAAAAUUUAAAAGCAGCUAAUACUUACCAAUUCAGAAUCAGUGCUAUGAAUGCAAUUGGUGAAGGAACACCUUCACAACCGAGCAAUUUUGUUACAUUACCACAACAAGCUCCAUCUGGACCACCUUUAGGGUUUGUUGGAUCAGCUAGGUCAAAUUCUGAAAUCAUUACUCAAUGGCAACCUCCCUUAGAAGAACAUCAUAACGGACAAAUUCUUGGAUAUAUUAUAAGAUAUAGGUUACAUGGUUAUUUUAAUAGUCCGUGGACUGAUCAUAAUAUUACUAGUGGGGCUCAGCAUUAUUAUUUAAUUCAAGAUCUAAUUACAUGGAAAGACUAUGUACUUCAAGUAGCAUCUUACAAUAAUAAAGGAGUUGGAGUUUAUAGUGAUAGUAUAAGAAUAAAGACUAAAGAAGGAGUUCCCGAAGCAGCUCCAAUUGAUGUAAUUGCUAGACCAAUAAAUAGUACUUCGGUUCAAGUUUGGUGGAAACCUCCAGAUCCACAAAAAAUAAAUGGAAUUAAUCAAGGUUACAAACUUCAAGCGUGGAUUGGAGAACGAGUGGAACAUGAAACGACAGUUGCUCCUAGUUUAUUUGAUCCACUUGCUCAGCAGACCACAACGUUUGUGAACCUUAGGAAAUUUACAGCCUAUAAUGUGACAGUGUUAUGUUUCACUGAUCCUGGUGAUGGUCCAAUCAGUAGUCCAUCACUAGUUGUUACACACGAAGAUGUUCCUGAUUUAGUUGGUAGUCUCCACUUUGAAGAUGUAUCAGAUCGUUCUGUGAAUGUUGUUUGGUCUUCACCAUUACAUACAAAUGGUCAUUUAAUUGCCUACACUGUGUCUUAUUCCAUACGUGAUCGACCAGAAACCACUCACUUAGUAAACGUCACCUCAGACAUCACCAGUAUUGUAAUUGAUCAGUUACAAGCCACAACCCAUUAUAAAUUUGAAGUAUUUGCUUGGACAAAAGUUGGUCCCGGUCCUAGUAGAAUAGCCACAAUACAGUCUGGUAUUGAACCGGUUUUGCCCAAUCCACCAACCAAGUUGGCCAUAACAAAUAUUGAGCCAUUUUCAGUUGUGCUCCAAUUUACACCAGGUUUUGAUGGAAAUUCUUCUAUCACUAAAUGGGUUGUAGAAGCACAGACAGCAAGGAAUACUACUUGGUUUACUGUGCAUGAAGAAAGUAGUCCCGAAGCAACUACACUGAAAGUUCUUCAAUUAGUUCCUUACACAUUAUACCGUUUAAGAAUCACUGCAUGGAAUGUAGUUGGUGCAUCAGAGCCUUCAGACCCAACUAAGGAUUUUCAAACUAUUCAAGCACCACCAGCUCAUCCCCCUUAUAAUGUCACUGUCCGUGCAAUGUCUUCUACUGAACUUCGUGUCCGCUGGAUUCCUUUGCAACAAAGUGAAUGGUUUGGAAAUGGAAAAGGUUAUAAUAUAACUUAUAGAUUAUUGAAUACUAGUGUUGUAUAUACGGUCACAAUUGAGGACAUUACCUCAAAUUCAUUUGUUUUGGACUCUUUACAAAAAUUUACUCAGUACGAUGUAACCAUGAAUGCGUUUAAUGAUGUUGGAUCUUCUGGUCCUAGUCCACCAGCGUUUGAACGUACUAGAGAAUCAGUGCCAUCAAUGGGACCCAUAAAUGUUAUUGCAAAUGCAACAUCUUCAACAACCAUUGUUGUUAGUUGGGGUGAUGUUCCUUCUGAUCAUCGAAAUGGAAUCGUUGAAGGAUUUAAAGUUUAUUACAAGCCAGGUGGCCGUGCUGUGUAUCCUGUACAAAUUAAAGAUAUCCCUAAAAAUUCAACUUUCACCACUACAUUAACAGAGUUAAAGAAAUUUGUUCAGUACAGCAUACAAGUUCUAGCUUAUAGUCGGUUAGGUGAUGGUGUGUUAUCUACUCCAAUUACUAGAGUUCAAACUUUUGAAGAUGUACCUGGUACCCCAUCAAAUGUAUCUUUUCCUGACGUUACUUCAACCACUGCCAGAAUUAUUUGGGAUGUCCCUGCUGAUCCCAAUGGGGAAAUUCUUGCUUAUCGCAUAAAUUACCAGUUACAUAGUUCUGAGGGCUAUAAUUUUUCCAAAGAAUUUCCUGCUUCAGACAGGACAUUCAGAGCUAUUGAUCUUAUACCUGACCAGUACUACAUGUUUUGGGUAACAGCCCAAACACGUUUAGGCUGGGGUAAAAGUCAGUCUGCGCUUGUUUUUUCAUCAAACAACCGUGAAAUACCACAAGCUCCUUCAUCACCUCAAAUAAGUCGUAGUCAGAUUCAAGCCACCCAAAUCACAUUCAGUUGGACCCCAGGACGAGAUGGCUAUGCUCCAUUAAGGUAUUAUACGGUACAGAAGUCUGAAGAAAUUGGUCCUUGGACCACUAUACCUGAACGAAUAGAUCCAUCUAUUACUUCUUACACAAUCCAAGACCUCUUACCGUUCACUUUAUAUCGGUUUCGUAUUCAAGCAACCAAUGACAUUGGUCCAAGUACUUAUAGUCAUGAAUCCCCUCAAGUCAGGACUUUACCUACCUCGCCAAGUCGUGUAGUUGGUAAGGUUCAAGUUGUACCCAUUACAACAACAAGUGUGCGGGUUACCUGGGAACCUAUACCUCCUCAGUAUUGGAACGGUGAUACCCAAACUGGUGGCUACAAAAUUUUGUACCAACCUGUUUCUGACAUUCCCAUGGCAUUGCAAACAAUACCUAGUCAAAUGAUUAUAGGCACAACAGAAAAAACUCUCGUCAUUGGAGAUUUAGUUCGUGACAGAAAUUAUGAUAUCAUUGUAGUGCCAUUCAAUUCUCAAGGAAAUGGCCCACCUUCUAUGCCUAUUCCUGUCUAUGUUGGGGAAGCUGUCCCUACAGGUGAACCUCGUAGUGUAUCAGCAUUUGCCAUAUCAUCAACAGAAGUUCGAUUAUCUUGGGAACAUCCUCAACAAAAUCAACAAAAUGGAGAUUUAUUGGGAUACAAAAUCUUUUACAUUGUGACUGAUUCACCAAAUGAACAUCGUGUGGAAGAAGAAACAGAAGUCGUUCCUGCGACUUAUAUUAGCCACAGCUUGGUAUUUUUGGACAAAUACACUGAGUAUAAAAUCCAAAUACUUGCAUUUAAUCCAGCUGGUGAUGGACCAAGGUCUGCGCCUAUUAUUGUUAGAACUCAUCAGGGAGUACCUGGUCCACCUACUGAUCUUCAAUUUUCCGAAAUAACAAUGAAUAGUCUUAAAGUUUCAUGGACACCUCCAAAACGAAAAAAUGGCCUACUUCUAGGUUACAUAAUUACGUAUGAAACAGCUGAACAAAACGAACGCUUUAGUAAACAAGUAAAACAAAGAGUAAACCAAACGUGGCUUCUUGUUCAGCCUCUGGAGGAAGAAGUAACUUAUACAUUCUCAGUCAGGGCUCAAACUAUAGAUUUGGGAGUAGCAAUUAAAGGAAAUGUGACUACUGGGCCACAACCAGGUUCACCAAAGAGUCCAUCUGACCUGUCACUAGUAAAAACUGUUUCUAGUGUUGCACUUAAAUGGACAAAUGGGGCGUCUGGAAAAGGACCAAUCCUUGGAUACUACAUUCAAAGCAGGCGAAAAGCCACUCAAGACUGGGAACAUUAUGACACACGUUGGACAACAGUCACAAAAAGUAACAGUGGACCGUUAGAUGAAUUCUCCGUGUCCUAUCAAAGUUUGCUGCCAUCUACUUCAUAUUUAUUUAGAAUUGUAGCUCACAAUGAGUUUGGUAUUAGUUAUCCAGCCUAUUCAGAUGAUGUGGUCUUAACUCCAUCAAAACUUUACUUGGAGUAUGGUUACUUACAAAUGAAGCCGUUUUAUAGACAGACAUGGUUUAUGGUUGCAUUAGCUGCUGCAUCACUAGUUAUACUUAUUAUGGUUAUUGCUAUACUAUGUGUUAAAAGCAAAAGUUACAAAUACAAACAAGAAGCACAAAAAACUUUGGAAGAAUCUAUGGUUAUGGACAUUGACGAUCGACAGCAAUUGGCCAUGGAACUUCAUAGAACCAGAAUGUCGAACAACAAUUCUCUUGGACGGAUGUCCAUUCAUAACACUUUACACCAUUCAUUGCACAGGCGGAAACCACCAAUCGGAACUUUAGGAAAAUCUCCACCAAGACCAUCUCCAGCUAGUGUUCCUUACCAUAGUGACGAUGACAGUGUUAAGGGUUAUGAUGAAAAUCCAGACGAUAGUUCAGUUACUGAAAAACCUUCAGAAAUCAGUUCAACAGACUCUCAAGGAUCGGAAAGUGAGAAUGAAAGCGUGCGAUCAGAUCCGCACUCGUUUGUUAACCACUAUGCCAAUGUCAAUGAUUCUUUAAGACAGUCGUGGAAACGGCAAAAACCUGUUAGAAAUUAUUCUAGUUAUACAGAUUCAGAACCUGAAGGAAGUGCUGUUAUGAGCCUUAAUGGUGGCCAAAUUAUAAUGAAUAACAUGGCCAGAUCUCGAGCUCCGCUACCAGGAUUCUCGUCAUUUGUUUAAUUUCUUCUAGUGAGUGCCAUAUUUACCAAUCCGUCCAUGAUUUUGUUUAAUUUGAAAUAACUUGUAUAUUAUUUUAUAAAUGUGUGUACUUUACUAUGACUUAUAAACUGGUCAACCUUAAUCUAAAAUUGAAAAAUAUUUAAGUGUCUUUUACAGACUGAUAAAUUUUAUGUUUAAUUUAGCUCUAUAACAAUUUGAUCUCAAUUCUAUAUUUCUCUUGAAAAGGUUUUUACUUAAACUAAAAAUUCAUAAAUAUUUUUUAGCCACAUUUACUUAUUUUAAGAUAAAAAGACUGAUUGCGCUAAACCUAAUAAAUUACAUUUCAGUAUUAUUUUUUAUUUAAAUUACAAUGAUUUACUGAAUAUUAUAUUUAAAUAAUUUUUGAUUUUAUAUUGAUCUUGUCUACACUACAAAUAGAAAUUCUAUGCUAUUAUAAAAAAUAACAUUAAAACAUGACAUAUCAGAUGAUAACAAUUUUACAAUGCAUUUCUAGUUUUAAAUGCCAUAUUGAUAAAUUAUUUUGUAAUGUUGUAUUUUUUAAAUUCAUCUAAUAGGGUUUUAAUUUUUUUAUAUUAAUGAGUAUCUUGACUGAAUUAUUUUUAAAAAAUUUAAAAAACACAUUCAAUUGUGUUCUCUUUUGUAAUUUGUGUGCUGAUCAAGAUUAUUUUAUACAUCUUUAUUUUUAAUGUAAAUGUGGUCCAACAAAUUUAAUUGAAUAGUUGUAUUAUUUCUAAAGCGUUAAUAAAAGUUUUGUUAAUGUAAAUUUGAAUGCAAAUAUUAAUGUUAAUUGAAUAUCAAAUGCUUUCACUAUUUGUAUUUUUAAGUUGUAUAUAUUAUUGUAACUAAUAUUAAGUACCCACACAAUUAUUGGAGCAUUAAUUAAGUAAUUUAAAUUAUAGUAUUAUACAAAAACUGGGGGACCAAGCAAUACAUUUUUCUUUUAUAAAUAAUACUUUAAUAAAGUAUUAUUAGUAAUUAUAUAAAAAUAAAAUGUUUUAGUCAACAAAUUGUAAAAGAAUUAUUUUAUACAUAUUAGGGCCAUUCUUACAAUGUCCGGUAAAGUGUCGGGUUAGCUUUAACCGGACAUUGUAAUAACGGGCCUAAGUAAAUUACUUAUUAGCACGGUUAACUAUACGGUGUAGAUAACCCUGCUUAUUAGUGAUAAAUUGUAUAUUUUUAUUUACUUUUUUUUUUUUUAGUACAAUUUCAUUAGUUUAAAACCUUGAAUAAGUAACCUAAGACCAGUGUUACACUGAUUUGACAUCGUUUGAUUGAAAAAAAAUUCAGAGAACAUCUUAGGAAUGCAUUUAUAUUUUUCAAUUGACCCAUGUCAAUCCAGUGCAUACUGUCUUUAUUUUUGAAAUGUUUUGAGUUUUUUCUAAGGUCGAACUGUAUUUUUCAAAUCUAAUUAUAAAUACUGAAAAAAAUUCCAAAUAUUUUAUAUUACUACUCGUGAAGUACUUAUCAUAUUGUAUUUUACUAUUAUUUUUGUGUUGAUUGUGUAUUAAAUUAUAUAUGUUAUCAUAAAAUGUAUAAUAUAGAAGAACUAAAGUAAUAGCAGCGUAUUACAAUUGGAUAGUGAACUUAUUAGUUAUUACUUUGUAAUCAUUUAUCAUCGUUAUUACUAUUAAUGUAGAUUAUAACUAUUGCUACUUAUUAUACUCAAAUUAUGACCGCAUUGAAGGGUGACUAACUAAAUGCCUAACAACUAAUAGUAAUAAGUACAUCUAGCGUCCUUAAGAUAUUAUAUCACCUUUUCUAAACACAUACAUUAUUAUGAGCGAAUAUUAAAAUCAGAAUACCAUGAACAUCUUAGAUUUCAAAUGUAAUCAUAUUAUAUGGCUUCUGUUAUGUAAUUUACUAAUUACUAGGUGAUUCUUUUAACAUGAAUUGUCAAUAGUUAAAAACAUCUUAGUUAUAAACCGAUAUAUUUAAUUCCUUGUUUCACAUCAAAUACUUGAAUAUUACAUAGUAUAUAAUACUAAAAAAAAAAAAACUGAUCUUAAAUUCUUGAUUUCCUGUGAAGGUUCAAAAAUAAACACAUCAAUCAUAACAAAAUGCGAUUAGAUAUUAUAUUUGUUCAUAUUGACUGUACAACAAUGAUACAUAACUCAUGAGCCAUUUCCACAGUAAAUGUAUUCAAUAUUUUUUUUUAAAUUUAUAAAGUCUAGAAUACCUAUUUUAAGAAAAUAUAUCAACUAUUUAAAUUUUAUACUUACUGAAAUUGUAUUGUAUGUGGUUUUUACAAUUCCUGCUAUAUUUAUUAAGAUAAUAAUUUAAGUCUGUGUGCUCGAAACUAAACAGUUUUCCAAUUUGUGAUUGAUUUAAAACUACUCUUUUGGUAGAUUAAUUUUGGUAUCUGUUGAGUUUUGACCAUGUAACUUAAUAAUAAUUGUGAAUAAUUUGUUUGCCCAAACUAGUAAAAUUAAAAGUGCUCUUACUACUUAGUAUAUUUCGUUUUUUUUAGUUUGAAAUCACUGUUAUUGUUUAUAUUAGAUUUUUUUGUAUAAAGUUAUGUCAACAAGAUAAAACUUACUCAUCUUAUCAAAAUAUUAAUGUAUUUUUUAUAGUAAUUACAUUUUAUUAAAACGUUCACUGUUUACUAUUUAGACUUUACUUUUGUAUUGUUGAAUAUUUUCCUAUUUUUUAAAUUUUUCAUUUGAAUGACCAAUGUAGUAUUAAUUAUUUUUAACAUAUUUAGUCGUGUCUCAUAUGUGAAUUUACUUGUAUUAAAUAAUACAACUAACAGAAUAUGUACGUUAAAAACAUAAACUAAAAAUAAACUGAUGGACAACUGUUAGUUAAAUGUCAUAUAUAUUGUGUUCAGUACUUUUUUGAUUAAAUCAACAAGUUAGUGGUAAUAAUUUAGAGUUAUCCAUAUCUAUUUUUUUUAAAUAUUGUUUGUAAAUGUUUAUAUACGUGUAUUUUUAUUUACUUGAGUAUUAAGUUUUGUACAAUAAUGUCGUUUAUAAUUUUGUGUACUAUUUUUAUUAUUACUUUUAUCACUGUAAAUUUACAUUUCUAUAGAUUAUUGUGUAUAUUUAUCUAUAAAAUUUAAUAUGUCUAUUUUAAAUUAAAAAAAUGUAUUAAUUUACUAAAA